AUGGCUGCAAGAAGAGACAAUUUCCAGACCUUGCCUGGGUUUCGGUACCGGCUGGUAGUGGUGGCUGAGGAACGGAGUGGGGUCCGUGAGAUCAUCUGUCGGGUGCGGGCAGAGUAUGAAGGGAGGGGACGCCGCCGCCGCACCGCUCGAAUCUCCACGGCCACGAGACCGCGCCGACGGGCCCCACAGCCACCCUCACCACCACCACCUUACUCCCCGGCGACGCCUACAACACCACCACCAGCGAUCCCAUCGGCACCAGUGGAAUACAGCCCGGUGCCGAUGAGCGACUCACCAGCGUCACCGGUGGAGUAUUCACCGAGGUCACCGUCCCCCGCACCACCGCCCAGUCCAGCCCAGAUUCCGUCGCUGUUGGUGACAGGCACAUCAUCACCACCGAGACCAGCAGCCCCUGCAAGACCCCCACCACCUACCAUCCGGUUUGCAGGGAGGACUCCGCCACCGAGACCAACCCACGCACCGGUGGCAACUCAUCCCCCGAGGAACCACCCUAUGACUGUCCCUGGCUGGGCAGAUAGGGCGGUUCCUAUCUGGUUUAAGUGCCCUGUCUGCUGGCAAGACAGGGUGGGGUUUAAACUUUCUCUGAGUCCAGCGCUCUCUAAACUCCUGACAGAUCUCACAGGAACCAGAACCAUGAGCCGUAGAGUAGGACCAGACCCUACAGUGAAUGAUUAUUGUUACAAAUGCGAGGAGGAUUGGGACCAAGAGAUUGCCCCGCCGGCCUCACGGGAGGCUCUUCCCCCACCGCCCAUGAGCCAGGAUCUGCCCCCGCCUGAGGAAAACUGGGACGCAGAGAUGGAAGUGGUGCAGCGGCCUCCGGGGAGAUUGUUUUUUAAACACGGGUGGUUGCCUGUUUUUGUGUUUGACCACGAGCAACCCCCGGAGGAGCAGAAAAAGAAGAGAAGAAAGAAGAAGAAGAACAGACAGUGA